AGAGAAAGACGGCAAAAGAAACAAGGCAUACAUAGACGAGGGUUUACAAUGAGCAAAGGGGAAGAUUACAUAAGAACCUUGCAUUUGACUCGCAAUUUUAUGUAUUAUUUUCCCCAAAUUAGUGGCUUCGUGAUCUUAUAGUCAAAACCUUACAAUUUGUUAUGAAGAUUUGAUUUAAGGAAUUUGUUUUUUCACUAUCUGAUCAUUGGUUGAUAAUGGAGGCAUUGACGGAGCUAUGCGAUUUGAUCGCGCAGAACCCUAAUCAGUUUUCCGACAAAAUUGCCUGGAUUUGCAGCCGGUGUCCUCCGUCGGAGUCUCUCCUAUCCGGAUCUCCGAGAAUUUCACGUUCUCAGCUCAAUGCGGUUCUUGUAACAGCCCGAUUCAUCUCCAAAUGCGGCAAUUACAGUGAUACCCGUCCUCGAACGAUUGCUCUUGAGUUCAUAAGAGCAAUUCCAGCUUCCUUUGAACAAUCAUUCUGGCCAAAAUCGUUUGGGAACUCUUCGAUUGCUUCUUUUUAUGCGGAAUUCUUUGGGUAUGUUUGCAAAGCAGCUGAACUGUAUCCGGAGUUCGACUCUGAUGUGGCAAGGUUCAUGGGAGACAUUGUUUUUAUUGCUGUUAAUGAUAGAUGUGGUGAUAUAGCGAUUUCCAAGGCCUUUCUGAGCGUUUUAUCUGAGAGUUUCCCUCCUAUUAUCCCAUCAGAUGCAAAUAAAUUAGUUACUUCUUUACUUGAUGGCCUAGACUUUGCUCUUCCAAGCAGCAGUUCUCCUAAAGCUAUAAUGGGGUCCAAUUCCUCUUCACAGAGCUCUCCAGUUAGUGUUAGCAACGUUGCUGCUUCCAGUUCAUCUAAUGGCGGUGUAGAUGAUGCCAAUUCAAAGGCUAUAGUUACCAACGGGGGAACCACUGGUGGAUGGGCUACAAUAGGGACUCCCUCUGGUAGUGAUAGGAGGGGGGCUGCUUACUUUGAAGAGGAAUUGGUGGAGAAUCUUGAGAAACAGGAGAUUGCCUUCAAAUUAAUCGGACAUAUUCUUGAUAAAACACAGAUUGAUCCCAAGCUUUUGGAACGGCUGCACAUUAUUACAAAGGAUCAACUCAAAUCAAUUUCAUCUUUUCUCAAGAUAAGGAAGCGUGAUUGGUCGGAGCAGGGCUCAUUACUGAAAGCUAGAAUCAACACAAAACUUUCUGUAUACAAAGCUGCAGUUAAGUUGAAAGUCAGAAGUCUUGCAUCUCUUGAUUCAGAUGGGAAAUCAGCAAAGAAGUUAUUGCAUGGAGCUUUGGCCUUGUUAGUAGAAGCAGCAGAAGCUUGUGUAUAUUCAGUGUGGCGCAAGCUGCGAAUUUGUGAAGAUCUUUUCAGUUCGUUGCUUGAUGGUAUCUCUAAAAUUGCUGUUACACGUGGAGGUCAUCUACUACGGGUUCUGUUUAUACGGUUUAAACCCCUUGUGCUAACUACAUGUGCUCAAGCUGAUACUUGGGCAAGCAGCCAGGGAGCUAUGUUUGAGAGUGUCUUGAAGGCAAGCUGUGAGAUUAUCGACUAUGGAUGGACCAAGGAUCGAGCUCCUGUGGAUACAUUUAUUAUGGGACUUGCUACAAGUAUUCGUGAGCGCAAUGACUAUGAGGAGGAGGAUAAUGCCAAAGAGAAGCAGGCAGUUCCUAUUGUACAGCUCAAUGUCAUCCGGUUGCUUGCAGAGUUAAAUGUACAAGUUAAAAAAACUGAAGUGGUUGACACUAUCUUGCCACUUUUCAUUGAAAGUUUGGAGGAGGGUGAUGCUUCAACACCUGGCUUAUUACGUCUGCGACUUCUUGAUGCUGUUUCUCGCAUUGCAAGUUUAGGUUUUGAGAAGUCUUAUCGUGAAGCUGUUGUGUUAAUGAUAAGAAGUUACUUAAGUAAACUUUCCACCAUUGGAUCUGCUGAAAGCAGGACCUUGCCACCAGAGGCGAAUACAGAACGUGUUGAGACUCUUCCUGCAGGAUUUCAAUCCAUAGCUAAAGGCCUUACCAAUGAAAAACUUCGUGUGGACUUUCGUCAUCGCCUGCUGUCUUUAUGCUCAGAUGUAGGCUUAGCUGCUGAGUCCAAAAGUGGAAGUAGUGGAGCUGAUUUUCUUGGGCCUUUACUUCCUGCUGUGGCUGAAAUCUGUUCUGAUUUUGAUCCAACGGUCGAUGUCGAACCUUCACUCAUGAAGUUAUUUCGUAACCUAUGGUUCUACAUUGCUCUUUUUGGCUUGGCACCCCCAAUUUUGAGGUCUCCAGUCUCAGUGAAGCCAAAUUCUACAACAUUAAACAAUGGAGGGAAUACAACUGCUGUUGCCCUUCAAGCUGUGGGUGGGCCCUACAUGUGGAAUCCUCAAUGGUCUUCUGCUGUUCAACGCAUUUCUCAAGGGACCCCACCCCUCGUUGUGAGCUCUGUAAAAUGGCUAGAGGACGAAUUAGAACUUAAUGCCCUUCAUAACCCUGGUAGUCGUAGAGGAAAUGGAAAUGAGAAAGCUGCUGUAAAUCAAAGAACAGCUCUUUCAGCUGCAUUAGGAGGACGUGUUGAGGUUGGAUCAAUGACCACAAUUUCAGGGGUGAAGGCAACUUAUCUUCUUGCAGUGGCAUUUGUGGAAAUUAUACGGUUUAGCAGCAAUGGUGGAAUCCUUAAUCAUGGUCCUAAUUCCACUGCUUCUAGAAGUGCCUUCAGUUGUGUUUUUGAGUAUCUGAAAAGCCCAAAUCUUAUGCCAGCUGUCUUGCAAUGCUUAAUGGCCAUUGUUCAUCGUGCUUUUGAGACUGCAUUAUCAUGGCUGGAGGCUCAAAUAUGCGAGACAGGAGAUGCUGCUGAGGUCAGAGAGUCAACUCUGGCUGUCCAUGCUUGUUUUCUCAUAAAGAGUUUGUCUGUUAGAGAAGAACACAUUCGGGAUGUAUCAGUUAAUCUGCUGUCUCAGUUGAGAGAGAGAUUUCCACAGAUCCUGUGGAAAUCAUCUUGUCUGGAUUCUCUUUUGUUCUCUGUGAAUGGUGAUCCCCCUUCAUCUCUUGUGAAUGAUCCCGCUUCAGUAGCUUCUGUUCGCUCUUUGUACCAAAGUGUUGUCAAGGAAUGGAUUGUUGAUUCACUAUCCUAUGCUCCAUGCACCACCCAAGGUCUUCUUCAGGAGCAACUUUGUAAAGCAAACACAUGGCAAAAAGCACAGCCCACCACAGACGUUGUUUCUCUUUUAUCUGAAAUAAAAAUAGGAACAGGGAAAACGGAUUGUUGGAAGGGUAAAAAAACUGCCAACAUUCCUGCAGUAAUGGCAUCUGCAGCUGCUGCAUCGGGUGGAAAUUUGAAGUCAACAGAGGCGUUUAAUAUCGAGGUUCUUAGCACUGCUAUUGUUAGUGCUACAGUGAAGUGUAAUCAUGCAGGGGAAAUUGCUGGCAUGAAAAGGUUAUAUGAGAACAUAGAUGGUGCAGAUGAUGAUGAUGAUGAUGAUAAGGGCUCUGAAGUUGCACCUAAAAAGCAGUCGUUUGGGGAGAUAUUGCUUAAUAAGUUUGUAAGGCUUCUUCAGAAGUUUGUUUCCAUGGCUGAGAAAGGUGGAAGUGUUGACAAGUCUUCUUUUCGUGAGACGUGCUCACAGGCAACUGCUUUACUACUAUCAAGUCUGGCAUCAGAUGCAAAACCCAAUGCAGAAAGCUUCUCACAACUCCUGCGACUUCUUUGCUGGUGUCCAGCUUAUAUUUCUACACCUGAUGCAAUGGAAACGGGUAUUUUCAUAUGGACAUGGUUAGUGUCUGCAGCACCUGAAUUGGGUUGUGUAGUCCUUGCAGAACUUGUUGAUGCAUGGCUAUGGACAAUUGACACCAAACGGGGACUCUUUGCAUCCCAAGUCAGAUUCCAUGGCCCAGCUGCCAAAUUAAGGCCUCAACUUGCACCUGGUGAGCCAGAAUCACCACCUGAAAAGGACCCUGUUCAAGAGAUUCUAGCACAUCGCCUCUGGCUUGGCUUCUUCAUUGAUCGUUUUGAGGUGGUUCGACACAACAGUGUGGAACAACUCUUGCUUCUUGGUAGAAUGUUACAAGGGACUACCAAAUUCCCAUGGAGAUUUUCCCGCCAUCCAGCCGCCACUGGUUCUUUUUUCACUCUCAUGCUGCUUGGACUUAAAUUAUGCUCAUGCCAAUUUCAGGGGAAUUUGCACAAGUUUAAAUUAGGACUUCAGCUUCUAGAAGAUAGGAUUUAUCGGGCUUCAUUAGGCUGGUUUUGCCAUCAGCCUGAGUGGUUUGAGACGAAUAAUGGAAAUUUUGCACACAGUGAAGCUCAAUCUGUUCAUUCUUUUGUCCAAUUUUUGUUAAAUCAGCGAAUGGAUGUUCCUCAAAAUGAUUCAAAACUACAAGGCCAAGAAAAUGGAAAUGCUUUGCUUAAUAUGAAGGAUUCAUAUCACCCUGUUUGGGGAACAAUGGAGAAUUAUGCUGUUGGUAGGGCCCAAAGAAAGCAGCUACUUUUAAUGCUCUGUCAGCAUGAAGCUGAAAGGCUUGAUGUUUGGGCUAUGCCUGUUCCUCUUCCUGGCUCUAAAGAGAUCAUCACAUCCUGGAAGCCUAAGAUUAACCCAGAGAAAUGGAUUGAACAUGCAAGAACAGCAUUUGCUGUUGACCCUCGGAUUGCUUUCUCUUUAGGUGCUAGAUUUCCUACAAAUUCUCCUCUUAAAAUGGAACUAACUCACUUGGUUCAGACACAUAUAUUAGAGAUUCGCACCAUACCUGAAGCUUUACCUUACUUUGUGACUCCAAAAGCUGUGGAUGAAGAUUCACCACUUUUGCAACAGUUAACACAUUGGGCUGCUUGUUCAAUCACACAGGCUUUAGAGUAUUUCACACCAGCAUACAAAGGCCACCCACGUGUGAUGGCUUACAUUCUGAGGGUAUUAGAGUCAUAUCCUCCUUCGCGUGUAACCUUUUUCAUGCCACAGCUGAUUCAAGCUCUAAGAUAUGACGAUGAGAAAUUGGUUGAGGGAUACCUGAUUAGAGCUGCUCAAAGAAGUGAUGUAUUCUCUCAUAUUCUCAUUUGGCAUUUACAGGGAGAGACAUGUACACCAGAGCAAGUGGGGAAAGAAGGUGUGUCAGCAAAGACUACAGCCUUUUUGGGUCUACUGCCUCUUGUUAGACAACACAUCAUUGAUGGUUUCAGUCCAAAAGCUCGUGACAUAUUUCAAAGAGAGUUUGACUUUUUUGAAAAAGUGACGUCUAUAUCAGGUGUUCUUUAUCCUCUUCCAAAAGAAGAAAGAAGAGCUGGCAUAAAGAGAGAGUUGGAAAAGAUUCAAUUGGAUGGGGAUGAUCUUUAUCUACCUACAGCUCCUAAUAAGCUAGUGAAGGGUAUUCAGGUGAAUAGUGGAAUACCGCUACAGUCGGCUGCAAAAGUGCCAAUUAUGAUCACGUUUGAUGUGGCCGAUCGAAAUGGCGACCCUAAUGAUCUAAAACCACAAGCUUGUAUUUUCAAGGUUGGAGAUGACUGCAGACAAGAUGUACUUGCUUUACAAGUGAUUUCACUUCUGAAAGACAUAUUUGAAGCAGUUGGACUUGAUCUUUAUCUGUUUCCUUAUGGAGUACUUCCAACUGACCCUGAAAGAGGAAUAAUUGAGGUUGUUCCAAACACGCGGAGUAGAAGCCAGAUGGGUGAAACGACAGAUGGUGGAUUAUAUGAAAUAUUCCAACAAGAUUUUGGGGCAGUUGGUUCUCCAAGUUUUGAAGCUGCCCGACAUAAUUUCAUCAUCAGUAGUGCUGGUUAUGCUGUUGCCAGUCUCUUGCUCCAACCAAAAGACAGACACAAUGGAAAUCUUUUAUUCGACAGUUGCGGUAGGCUUGUCCAUAUUGAUUUUGGAUUCAUUCUGGAGACAUCACCCGGUGGAAACAUGCGGUUUGAAAGUGCUCAUUUUAAACUGAGUCACGAGAUGACUCAGUUACUUGAUCCCUCUAAAGCCAUGAGAAGCGAGACUUGGAUAUUGUUUGUAAGCUUAUGUGUAAAGGGGUACCUGGCUGCGCGUCGAUACAUGGAGGGGAUCAUAAGCACGGUGUUGAUGAUGAAGGAAAGCGGGUUGCCAUGUUUUAGCAGAGGGGACCCGAUUGGGAACCUGAGAAAGAGAUUUCAUCCGGAAAUGAGCGAAAGAGAAGCUGCAUCUUUCAUGAUGCGUGUAUGCGUAGAUGCAUAUGAUAAAUGGUCUACUGCUGGAUAUGAUCUCAUUCAAUAUCUUCAGCAAGGGAUCGAGAAGUAAAUUCACUUUCAGUUUUCAAGUAAUUAUUUUUCCAUUCUUCUUCUUUUUAGAGAGGCUGUGAGAAGUCAUGAGUUUUUUUUUUUUUUAUUUUAUUAUUAUUAAAAUACUUGUGUAUAAAGUUUGUAGGUGUUUGUGUUUUUUUUUUCCACUUGUCACGAGUGCAGGAUUGGUAUUGUAAAUUGGUAAAUUUGUAGGAUUUGGGUUUUUAUCUUUUUGAUUUUUAUUUAACAUAAUUGCAACCA